AUGGGUGUGUGUGUGCGCGCGCGUGCGUGUCCUGUCGCUGAUAAUGAUCUGUGCAUGCAGAUGAUGAACACGCCGCUUCCUGCUUUUCCGCGGCACUGAUGAUGGGGUGGAUGGGCGGCGCGGCGGACCGGAGAAGUGCCUGUUGUGCGUUUGCGUUAACGCAGCCUUUCAUUCUCAAGGGAGCGUUUGGGAGUUUGGUAUUCUAGCGUUCUCCUGUCCUCCUCUUAAUGGCGACCGAUCAGUGGCGUUCUGGCGAUGGCAUGUGAUCGUUGAUGGGCGCACUGCAUGUGGCACCUGCAAUUCAGUCACUGGUGUCUUGGGACGAAUACUGAAGACACAUCUGCAUUGUUGGUAGCUAUUUUUGCUCAUUAUGUCUACUAAAAAGGCGCCCAUGUCGGAUAAUGAGGUUAAAAAUGGAACGUCGAGAAGCAUGCUGGAACGAUGCGCCUCGGUUAAUGAAUAUUUUGACAUUUCCUUCAAGGUGAUGCUGCUUGGAGACUCUGCUGUUGGGAAGACUUGUGUCCUGGUGCGUUUUAAAGAUGGGGCAUUUCUGGGAGGCAACUUCAUUGCCACCGUCGGAAUAGACUUUAGGAACAAGGUGGUGACUGUGGAUAACAUGAAAGUCAAGCUCCAGAUUUGGGACACGGCAGGACAGGAAAGGUUCCGCAGUGUUACUCAUGCCUACUAUCGAGAUGCACAGGCUCUCCUGCUUCUGUAUGACAUUACAAGAAAAUCAUCUUUUGACAAUAUCAGGGCCUGGCUGACUGAAAUACAUGAAUACGCACAGAAGGAUGUGGUCAUCAUGUUGCUUGGCAACAAGUCAGACAUGGCAGCUGAACGAGUCAUUAAGCCUGAGGAAGGACAGAAGCUGGCCAAGGAGUAUGGAGUUCCUUUCAUGGAGACGAGUGCCAAGACAGGUGUUAAUGUGGAGCUUGCAUUCCUCGCCAUAGCAAGGCAGCUGAAGCACAGAUCAGCCCAACAGCCUCAUGAGCCGAAAUUCCAGAUCCAUGAUUACAUCGAGACCCAGAAACAGAAGUCCAACUGUUGCAGUUCACUCAUGUGAUGACUUCACCUACUCGUAACGGAGCGAGGAAGGAAGAGACAAACCAAUAAGGAAGAAAGUGGCAACAACAAAUCCACGUGGAAAAGCAGUGAUGGCCAGCGAUAAAGGUGUGAGGAGACAUAAUGUGUGAGAGAAAUACUUAUUUGGAUGUGUGUGGCAUUAAACCCCUCUUGCUUUUACCAUCAGGUGUAGACUUUGUCUGUCUUUGUUCUCUGGCUAUAAUUAAAGAUAAUGAAGCUUAGUGUGCUGACGUAUGCGGCAGCUGUAUGUGGAUUCUCCAAGCGCUCGUCUCUCUGGGUUUUUUUUUUAGGUUUUUUUUUUGAGUUAAUUAUUAAAUGAAGCACCCAAAUCUCUUGUUAAAUAUACAGUUCGUUUUGGUUCACUUGUAAGGACGGUAUUUUUCUCUCAUCAUCUCUCUUAAUUUGAGUACUGAAGUUGGUAUAAGUGUCAAAACUACAGCUCUAAGCACAUUUACAAAUUUGGACCACUAACAUUGAAAACUGUUCUAAGCCAUAUUUUUAUGUUAAUGAAUUUGUAUAUUGAAAUUUGUGGUUUUGUAGUUUUAUGUUCAUGAUGCCUUGUUAUUGAGUAAAGUGUUUCUCUGAAACUUAAUUCAAAAAGCAAAUCAAUGGACUUUCACACCACCUUUACACUUGGCAUCUGUCUGUGACUUUUUUUUUUUUUCUUCGGUGGGGGGGUGGUCCAGGAUAUUUGGUCAUGUUCUCAUGAUUGUAACAUGCAGUCCACAUCUGUAUAAACAUCUGGUUUGUAUAUCAGAUUUGUGAGGUGUUUAAAUUUUCAACUCUUGAUGUUGAAUUGCGUUGUGAAACUAGACUUGAUUAUUGAUUGUUGCUACUAGUCUUAUUUAGUUGUUAUGUGUAACUCAGUGACUUUGUUCCUGAGAUCACAAAGUGCCAAGACAAAUUGCUCUGUAUAGAUACUGUAUAAAUUUCUAUUUUGUAAUGUAGAGUGUUGUUGCAAUGUGUUUAAGUUAUGUAAGUCAAUUUACAGAAGUGGUUCUGUUAGGGGUUGGAUGAAAAUAUUCUAUUCCCUUAAAGUUUCUUUACUUUU